CUUCUGUCUCACUCAUCACUCGUCACCCGUCACCCGUCACUUGACCCCGCGACACGUCCCCGGGAAGGGGAAAAAAAAAAAGGAAGAGGAAGGAAAAAGUAACUAAAGAAAUCCAUCCGCCCCCAAACCGUCCACCUUGCAACCCCCCAGACUGUCGCUAUCGCAAGAAGGAAACACGCCGAAAGAGGCAAAAGGAGAAAAAACUCAAAACCAAAUAAAUAAAGGCUGCCAUGUCGUUCUUCGACAACUUCGACGUUGCCAAGCUGGCGUCGCAGCUGGGCAACUUCAACAUCCCCGACGACCCCGAGAUCAUCAACAAAGGCCACGCCGACUACGGCUACACCAACCACGGCGCUCACCCCGACGGCUACGACGGCCGGCCGCCCGACGGAUAUGCCGGCGGCCCCCAGAACGGUGCCGUCGAGUACCGCCGCGAUCACCCCGCCGCCUACGGCUCCAGCGACCCGACACGCUCCGCCUACUCCGACCCCGUCUCCGAGGGCGCCGCCAUGACCUCGCUGGCCGCCGGCGUCGCCGCCAGUGCCGCGGCUGGCGCCUACGGAUCCCAGCCUCAGUAUCCUUCGCCCCAGCCGGGACGCUACGGUGACUCUGGUGGUGACGCGUCCAGCCCCUACCCGCAGUAUCAGCAUCAGCAGCAGCAGCGGCAAGAGGACGCCCACGGUCGACCGCCGUCGUCGGGGUACGGGCGGCCUCCGUCGCCGCGCCUGCCGGAAGGGUGGGUGAAGCGCUGGGAUGAGAACAGUCGGCGGUGGUACUACGUCAACCAGGCCACCGGCACCUCGCAGUGGGAGGCGCCGGCUGCACCUUCGCCCGUGGUGUCGCCCCCGCCCAUGUCGCCUGGGUAUGGGGGACACGGCGACGCGUCGAGGUACGGUGGCCACUCGCCACAACCGCCCUACUCACCACAGCCCGGAUACGGGGGCCCUUCACACCAGCCGUCAUACGGCGGACACUCGCCUCAGCCGGGGUAUGGCGGUCACUCUCCGCAGCCACCGUAUGGGGAGUACGCCGCCGGCGCCGCCGCCGGGGCUGGCGCGGGGUACUACGCCGGUCAGCACUACGGCCAGAGUCAGCAGCACGGCUACGAGCAGCCGCAACCCUACGGCCAACCACACGGACAGCCCUACGGCCAGCCUCACCCCCAACAAGCGUACGGCCAGUCCUACGAGCAUGGCUACGGCGAGGAGGAGAAGAAGAAGAAAAAGAAGAAGGGCGGUAACGGAAACAUGUUGCUGGGCGUGGCAGGCGGCCUCGCAGUCGGCGCCAUCGGAGGCGCCCUCAUCGCCAACGCUCUGGACUCCGGCUCCGAAUCCGGCUCCGAACACGAACACCACCAUCACGAGCGCCAGUCGUCGUCCGGGUCCGAGGACCACUACCGCGAGCGCUACGAACGCGACGAGAGCGACAGGGGGUCCUCGCACGGCUCGGACGGUAGCGGCAGCGACCGCGGGGAAUCGGACGAGUACUAUGACGACUGAGGUGUAUUCCACUGGAACUUUUUUUUUUUUAUUCCCUUUUAUCUGUAAACUUUUUCUUUCUUUUGGGAGGGGGGGGGGGGGUGGGGAGGAGGGGGAAGGUUUGUAGAUGGCUAGUGUUUGGGACCAGAGCUUGAUGAGCAAAGAAGCCUUGAUGGUACAUUGAGAACAGACGAUGUCGCAAAACGACUGGGAGGCAAUCCGUAUCGACACUUGGAUAGGUUGUGCAGAGUCCCCGUCUUAAAGUCUUAAACGCAGUUCAACGUACAUCCGCUACUGGACAUGGUUCCACUCCUCCCUUUCUCCCUCAUCAAAGCAUCUCAGAAGUCAGAAGUACCUGGACGAGUUUAAUAACGUCUUGCGGCUGUAUACGAACUCGCUUGCUGGUGCUAAGGCUUUGCUUUCCCUGCCGCAGCCUAUACGAGCACUGGUUCUGUCUCUCGGCUUACACGAC